GCGUUUUUUUUAUGGCAUUAUGGCUACCAAUUCCUUGUUUUGACAUUCCUUCAUUUUCCUUGUGAAGAGUGGAUUUCCAUUUUAACAAUUGAAAUCAACCACGUUACUCGCCAAUUAGUAUUUGUUAAUUUGUCUGAUAUUUAAAGUCGUCAAUCUGGAAGUACUACAAGUGACUCGUGAGGACGCCAAUAUGACGUCCGUAGUAAGAAGGCAGGAGCAAGAUGAUUCCGGGGAAUACUCGGAUGCAUCGCAAGAUAUCGAGCACAAUAACUCGGGAAACGAGGGAGGCCAGCACGAAUCUGAUUAUGACUCUCAGGGAAGUGAUUCUGACCGCUCUGAAAGAGAUCCAGAGAACCAGGAGACAGAGCGCAGGGUUGAUGAUGAUGAGGACAGAAGCAAUCCCCAAUACAUCCCUAAACGUGGUACUUUUUACGAGCACGACGAUCGAACCGCUGCCAGUGGCGAAGAAUCGAGUAACACGACAUCCGAAACAGCGUCAGAGAAGAAGGAAGGCGCCGAGACGCCGCAGGAACGCCGCCGGCCGCCGCGCAAGUCUGACGUCAUCAAUAAAUGGUCGCACGACAAAUACAACGAGAAUGAACAGAUGCCGAAAUCUCGGGAUGAGUUGGUAGCUAUAUAUGGUUAUGAUAUCAGAAACGAGGAUGCCCCUCCGCAUGCCAGGCGCAAUAGGAGAUAUGGCCGUGGACCGAAUAAGUACACUCGGACGUGGGAGGACGAGGAAGCCUACAAACGCCAGAAUGCGGCGCAAGCGACGCCGCGGAAACCACCAAACCCUGAGGACUUCCCGGAGCUGGAUGCUGCAGGCAAAAAAUAUGCCAGAAAACCCCGGCCCCAAAGGCCCAGGUCCAAAUCUCAGCCGGCUUCUAACGAAUCACUGGAAAACGGCUCGCAACUCCGGAGGAACGCGUCCAUCAAGACGCCCAAGGGCAGGGGCGAACGGCCGAAGCCGUCCAGCCGUCCAGUCGCGAACAAACCCCAAGCCAAACCUCAGAACAAGGAGAAGAUGCCGCCAUUGGAGAAUCUCACAAUAACUACAGCAGUUGCGAAUAACAAUCAAGGCCAGCCCCAGCGGAAAGUGAACGCAGUGGCUCAGCAGAAGCCAGUGCCAACCGAACAGGGCAAGAAGAGGCCGCCGCAGCAGGCACCGACGCAACAGCAAAAUAAUCAAGCACCGCCUCAGCAACAGCCUUCGCAGCCGCAGCAAAAACCGCAAGCACAGCAACAGAACCAGCAACCGCAGCAACAGGCCGGGGCCGAAUCACGCGGUGGUGUGAAACGCUACAGCAGCUUACGCCAGCGACCUCUCGCUGAGACAUAUUCACCGCAAUCGCAGCAACAGCAACAAUCACAACAGCAACAGCCACAGCAACAACAGCCACAGCAACAGCAGUCACAGCAACAACAGCCACAGCAACAACAGCCACAACAGCUUAGAUACACCGAAUACGCCGGCGGUAAUCCACCGCCGACUCAGCACCAGGGUAGCCCCGUACCCCAAAUGCACCCUCAACAGCUUAUGCACCAGGUUCACCGCGGCGCGAGCGUACAGCCGCACGGCCCGUCGCCGCCGCUGGCGCCGCUUCCACAGCACACGCAGCACGCGCAGCACACGCAGCACCCGCAGCACGCGCAGCACGCACAGCACGCGCCGCACGCGCCGCCGCAGCACAACCAACAGGUCAGACUGGGCAUACUGGAGUCGCAGCAGUUGGUAUCCCACCCUCACCACUCACUUCACAACAUGCCGCAGCCACAUACUAUAGGGCAGUUACAACCAACACAGGGAUACGCGCCGCCUGCCAUGAUGCCGGCACAGUAUAUGCAGCCGCCGCAGCAGAGUGGCACCGGCGGAGUGUUCGGCGGCGCUAUGUACGCGCAGCCACCCGCGCCAUAUCCACAUCAGAUGUAUCCGCAUCACAACUACGCGACGCAGGCGGGCGGCGUGACAUACUACAGUUGUGCGGAACAGGAACAGUUGCCGCGUGCACAACGUCGCCCCACCGCCGCCAUACCAAUCGUGCGGCCGGCCGCACCCUGCGCAGACAGGCCGGCUAACUCAUCAGAGAAGGACAACAUCGACAGAAUCGUCGAGAACAUGUUCGUGAGAAAACCGUGGCCGGCUACACAUGGCGGCGAUACAAAAGACAAACCGCAAUCUGAAAACCGCGGGUCCCAGGAGCCACAGAGCAAAGAGUCCUCACAACCUAAUAGUUUAACAUCUAGUUCCAUAUCAACCGAUUCCAAGCCCUCCGAGAGUAGAGACGAGGCACAGAAAACCGAAGAAGUGAAAGAGACCAAAGAGGUCAAAGAAGAGGAAAGAAAACCAGAGAAAGAGACGCAAGAAGUAGAGGCGGCCCCUAAUCAAGAAAGUAUAGGGACGGAUGCGUGACUGGUAAGAAUUAAAUUCUAUGAAUGUUAUCAAGAGAAAUAUUAUAGCCGAAGAUAGUUUUGCUGGAUUGGGACGGUCACAUAGGUCGAUUGGCAAAAAAAUUGGGCCAAAACGCCUCCACCCGAGGCCGUAGCGUGAAAAGUUUUUAAAUGUUUAAAAAUAGAACGAAUCGUUUUUAUAUGAUUCUCGAAUUGUAAAAAGUAUUUAUUGGAUUUUAUUUGUUUGAGAUUAAAAGCAAAUGUGGAAAUUA